GGAGUAACACUGUAAACCACGACACACCUUUGUCAGGACUUGUUUGGAAGCAAAGAACUGAAAGAAACAACGGGGAGAGAGGGAGAAGGGAGCAUUUUUGAAAGAUCACUCAGCUCUAACACACCUUGGCUGGGUCUGGAUAAAAAAAAGUGGGUACUGCAAACGUCUAGAAGAAAACAUCAGGGAAGAAAGAGAGAAGGGGAUUUACUCAAAGCUGUUUCCAACUCCUUCAAAAUCUCAAACUAGGUGGCUAUGGUAUGGAUGUCACCAGGACAAACAAACGAGACGGCACUGAAGUCUCUGAAAGAAUUAUCACAGAAACAGUAACUACAAGACUUACAUCCUUACCACCAAAAGGGGGAACCAGCAAUGGCUAUGCCAAAACAGGUUCUCUCGGUGGAGGGAGCCGGCUAGAGAAACAGAGCCUGAUGCACGGCAGCAGCGGCUACAUAAACUCAGGUGGAAGCACACGUGGCCAUGCCUCCACCUCCAGUUUCAGGAGGGCUCAUUCACCUGCCUCCACGCUGCCCAACUCACCAGGCUCAACUUUUGAAAGAAAAACUCACGUCAGCCGCCAUGGAACCUACGAAGGGAGCUCCAGUGGCAACUCUUCCCCGGAGUACCCUCGCAAGGAAUUUGCAUCUUCUUCAACCAGAGGAAGGAGCCAAACACGAGAGAGCGAGAUCCGGGUUCGACUGCAGAGUGCAUCCCCGUCUACUCGAUGGACGGAAUUGGAUGAUGUUAAGCGUUUGCUCAAGGGGAGCCGAUCAGCAAGUGUGAGCCCGACCCGGAACUCCUCCAACACCCUCCCCAUCCCCAAGAAAGGCACCGUGGAGACCAAAAUGGUGACAGCAAGCUCCCAGUCAGUAUCCGGCACCUAUGACACAACCAUCCUGGAUGCCAACCUCCCCUCCCACGUGUGGUCCUCCACCUUGCCAGCGGGGUCCUCCAUGGGGACCUAUCACAACAACGUGACGGCCCAGAGCUCGUCCCUCCUCAACACCAACGCCUAUUCUGCAGGAUCGGUCUUCGGAGUUCCCAAUAACAUGGCGUCCUGCUCUGCCACCCUGCACCCUGGACUCAGUGCCGGCUCCUCAGUGUUUGGCAUGCAGAACAAUCUGGCCCCCAGCUCGUCCACCCUGUCCCAUGGCAUGACCACCACCUCCACAGCGUACGGUGUGAAGAAGAACAUGCCCCAGAGUCCCCCCGUCGUGAGCACGGGCAUGUCCACCUCUGCCGCCAGCACUGCAAGUGUCCAGAAUGAUGAGCUCUUGCACAAGGACUGUAAAUUCCUGAUCCGGGAAAAAGACAACGUGCCUGCUACCAAGAAGGAGAUGGAGCUGCUGAUCAUGACCAAGGACAGUGGGAAGGUCUUCACAGCCUCCCCCGCCAGCAUGUCUUCAACUUCUUUUUCAGAGGAUACCCUAAAAAAGGAAAAGCAAGCAGCCUACACUGCUGACACCUACCUAAUCUCAGACACUAAUGGAGACGUGAAGACUGUGUCCACAAAGGCCAAGGCCGCCUCUGCAGAUUUCCAUGGCUAUGACCACCGUAGCGGUGGUGGUGGCGGUGGUGGUGUUGGCAGCGGUGGCGGGGGCCCGUGGGGGGCAGUGCCAGCCUGGUGCCCCUGCGGCUCCAGCUGCAGCUGGUGGAAAUGGCUACUGGGCCUGCUGCUCACCUGGCUGCUGCUCCUGGGGCUGCUCUUCGGCCUCAUUGCUCUAGCGGAGGAGGUGAGGAAGCUGAAAGCGCGUGUGGACGAGUUGGAGAAAACCAGGAACAUGCGGGUUAUGGAAGAGAAGGUCGAGGCUCAGGUGCAGGGUGACAAGCCUGAGGUGGGAACAGACAUGGGGAAAACUGGGCUUUACGACGACGGCCAGAAGGAGGUGCUCUGGGAAUUCGUGAGGAACAAGCUGAUGAUGGAACAAGAAAACGGAAAUCUCCGAGGAAGCCCGGGCCCUAAAGGUGACAUGGGAAGUCAAGGCCCUAAAGGAGACCGAGGACUCCCUGGGACUCCAGGUAUCCCUGGGCCCUUGGGCCACCCAGGUCCAGAAGGACCAAAGGGACAAAAAGGCAGCGUGGGAGAGCCCGGCAUGGAGGGACCCAUGGGCCAGAGAGGGCGAGAAGGCCCCGCGGGACCCCGCGGUGAACCAGGGCCUCCUGGGUUUGGAGAGAAAGGGGACAGAGGGGCUGCUGGUGUGCCGGGCAUUCAGGGCCCACCUGGUGUCCCAGGUUCUGUGGGUCCCAAAGGUUCCAGCGGUUCUCCCGGCCCACAGGGUCCCCCAGGCGCUAUAGGUCUCCAAGGGCUCCGAGGCGAAGCGGGACUCCCUGGUGUCAAAGGUGACAAAGGGCCUAUGGGACCACCAGGACCCAAAGGUGACCAAGGUGAAAAAGGACCCCGAGGUCUCACAGGCGAGCCUGGCUUGAGAGGUUUGCCUGGCUCUGUGGGCGAGCCCGGGGCUAAAGGAGCUAUGGGACCCGCUGGCCCAGACGGACAGCAAGGCCCAAGAGGCGAACAAGGUCUUACAGGGAUGCCUGGAAUCCGGGGCCCACCAGGACCUUCUGGAGACCCAGGAAAGCCAGGUCUCACAGGACCCCAAGGACCUCAGGGACUUCCUGGUACCGCCGGCCGACCCGGGCCUAAAGGUGAACCAGGAGCUCCAGGCAGGAUUGUGACUUCAGAGGGGUCAUCGACUAUCACCGUCCCAGGCCCCCCGGGACCUCCUGGAGCCAUGGGACCCCCAGGACCUCCAGGUGUGCCAGGCCCCAUCGGCCCAGCUGGUCUCCCAGGACAGCAAGGCCCACGAGGGGAGCCAGGGCUUGCUGGUGAAUCGUUCCUGAGCAGCACUCAGUCCCUCUCCGAGGUCCUCUCCACCCAAGGUCUUGAUUUACGAGGUCCCCCAGGCCCACCUGGCCCACCUGGGCCACCAGGAGCUUCCAUUCCAGGCCCACCAGGACCCCGAGGCCCAGCAGGGGAAGGCUUGCCAGGCCCACCAGGCCCACCAGGAUCUUUCCUGACCGGCUCAGAGACCUUCUUCUCUGGCCCUCCAGGCCCACCUGGCCCCCCAGGCCCCAAGGGAGACCAAGGCCCCCCAGGCCCCCGAGGACACCAAGAUUCCGGUUCUCUCGGACUCAACCUGCAGGGACCGCCAGGCCCACCCGGCCCUCAGGGACCCAAAGGUGACAAAGGUGAUCCUGGAGUCCCAGGUGCUGUUGGUGUUCCUGGUGGUUACUCUCAAGGGGGAUCACCAUCCAGCACCGUGUUCCUGCCAGGCCCGCCAGGCCCCCCGGGGCCCCCUGGGCCUCCAGGCUCUCUCAGCAGCUCUGGCCUGGAGAUUCAGCAGUACAUCUCUGACUACAUGCAGAGUGACAUCAUUAGGUCUUAUUUCUCUGGAGUUCAGGGUCCCCCAGGCCCACCUGGUCCCCCAGGGCCUGUCACCACCAUCAGGGGUGAGACUUUUGACUACUCGGAGCUGGCAAGCCUCGUCGUGAGCUACUUACAGACUUCGGGGACCAGCAUCGGCCUGUCGUUGGCCUCCGUCUCUUCUGAGGACAUCCUGGCCAUGCUGCAGCGGGAUGAGGUGCGUCAGUACCUGCGUCAGUAUCUGAUGGGCCCUCAGGGUCCCCCGGGGCCACCAGGAGCCGGUGGCGAUUGGUCCCUCCAGUCUUUGGACUACGCAGAGCUGAGCAGUCGCAUUCUCAGCUACAUGUCGAGUUCUGGAAUCAGCAUUGGGCUUCCUGGCCCCCCAGGGCCCCCUGGCUUGCCGGGAACAUCCUAUGAGGAGCUCCUCUCCUUGCUCCAAGGGUCUGAGUUCAGAGGCAUCAUUGGGCCCCCAGGCCCCCCUGGGCCCCCAGGGAUCCCAGGCAACGCGUGGUCCAGCAUCAGCGUGGAGGACCUCUCAUCUUACUUGCAUACGGCCGGCUUGUCAUCCAUCCCAGGCCCUCCAGGCCCUCCUGGUCCCCCAGGCCCUCGAGGGCCUCCGGGUGUCUCAGGAGCUCUGGCGACAUAUGCAGCUGAAAACACCGACAGCUUCCGGAGCGAACUGAUCAGCUACCUCACGAGUCCUGAUGUGCGCAGCUUCAUCGUUGGUCCCCCAGGCCCUCCCGGGCCCCAGGGACCACCUGGGGACAGCCGCCUAGUGUCCAUGGAUGGCCCCUACAGUCGGGGUAGCAGCUCCUCCUCAGGCAGCUCCUACAGCUCUUCAAUGGGCAUAGGAGGAGCCAGCGAAGGCUCUCUGGGCGAAGGGGGAGCCUUUGGCCUGGACAUGGGCCUGGGCCGAGGCUAUGGGGCAGCAGCAGGAAAUGGCAUGUAUGGUGGCAAUGGCGGAUAUUUUGGGGCUGGCUUUGCUGGAGGUCUGGAUUACAACGAGCUGGCUGUUCGGGUGUCCGAGAGCUUGCAGCGUCAGGGCCUGCUACAAGGAAUGGCCUACACUGUCCAGGGCCCACCAGGCCGGCCUGGACCCCAGGGGCCCCCCGGCAUCAGCAAGGUCUUCUCUGCCUACAGCAACGUGACCGAGGACCUCAUGGACUUCUUCCGAACUUAUGGAGCCAUUCCAGGACCCCCUGGGCAGAAGGGAGAGGUGGGCAUCCCAGGACCCAAAGGUGACAGGGGUCCUGCUGGACCACCAGGUCGGCCUGGGUCACCCGGCCCCCGAGGGCACAAGGGAGAAAAAGGAGACAGAGGCGACCAGGUCUAUGCUGGGAGGAGGAGAAGGAGAAGUGUCGCCACCAAGCCAUGAGCUACCCUUGGCGGAACAGCCCCGGACCCGUUCUUGCAAUGGCUUAUGGCACUUAGGUCAGAAUCUCUCCAGAGGGUAAAAGCUGGAUUCUCUGCGGCCUCCUGAGACAGCACAGCCAAUAGGCAACUAGAACUCUUGUGUUAGUCUGGAACUAUCUACACAGAAUUCGGUCAAAGAUAUGCAAUCUGAAACAGCUCUGUGGGUGGACUUGAGUAGUUGCAGCGUUGUAGAAUGAGUCUGACUUCUCUGCUAUCUAGAACUGAGCCCCUUGGCUUCUUUAACACUUAGUUCAAACCCCCACCCAGGAAAGCCAGUUACGUAAAAGUUGGCUCAGGAGUCCUUGAGCUUUGCCUAAAAAUGAGCCCAGAAAAUGGAAGACGAGGAUGGGGGUGGCUUCCAGGGGUGCCAUGGGUGGGGUGUGUUCUGGUUAAUGCUCUGAGGCUGUGCUACUGGCCCCUUGCUCCCCUGUUCACUCUGCAUUCUCUAGUCACAGGAAAGAGUUGUCUAAGAAGCAACUCUUGCAACAGAAAAAGUUAAGAAAUUCACUUCCACUGAAGGUGGUGACAGGCUUUCUAAUAGUUAUUUCUCACUACAAAUCAUAUCUCCACUUGCUUAGAGAGGUUGAUGGACUGUAGCUAUGAUGUGUAUCCGUAGGUCUGUGCUAGAGUUGAUAGCUAUGUUCUACUGAACUAGACUGCAGCAAAGAGAAAAAGAAGGGCAACGGGCAAGGAAGAAAGGAAGGGAGAGAGGGAAAUAGGAUACCUGAUGCCGGCGAAAGAUGUCACUCUGUUCUGCACUUAGGAAAUGCAGAAGGACUGGGCGCAGUUGGUUUUUAAGCACUUUUCAAUGUCUAAAAACAUUUACCUGGUCUAUUAGAUGAAAAGUCAUUUCAAUUGCAAAAUUUCCAAUUAAAGGGUUUUUUUUCUUUUUUAAUAUUACGUUUAAUGUGAUCCAUCUAACAAAAGUAAAAGGGAGGGAGGGAGGGAAGGAAGAAAAUAUUUUGGGUUUUUUGGUUUGACUCUAACACUAUUAUAAACACAAGAAAACAAAACGGUUGAAUCUUGGGACACAGUUCGUGGCAUUUUGUUUAAUCGUUGAGAUCUUUAAAGGCAGAUCUUUAUCUGCAACUACUAACUCUACCUGGCCAUAUUACAAACCAUCUGGAGUUUCCCUAAGCAUAAGUUACUUGAAAUAAACACAUAUGCAACAGAUAAGCAACAAAAUUAUUUGGAAUCAAUGCAGUGAUGUAUCCUGGUGCAAAGGAGUUACAACCGCAGGGCAAGUAAUAAUAUUUGGAAUACCAAAACUCCUAUUAAGGAAAAAUCCACAAAUAUCAAAUGCUCCACAGAAAUGUAUGGUAAAAUCAGACCCUUAGUUUCAGAAGAGGCUACACUUGGCCAACUUGUGAAUUUGUUACAACCUAUGACACUCAAUUGCUGGGCAAUUAAAAACGGAGUUAAAUUAAAUUGCUUCUACACCUCUACUCUUCUAAAA